UUGUUCUGCAGGGUAAAGAAAUCAUGUGUCAUAAUCUAUAAUGCUUCAUAUCUAUAGUUUUCGAUGUGGUAUGGUUAGAGAGUUACUGUUUGACCAAAAGUGAACCAUCAGAAAUAAGAAACACAAUCAGAGAAUUUCACACUUAACUACACACUGUAAUGUCAUUUGAAAGUGACACACACUCUCACGUUCAUUUUUUUACCACCUUAUAUUUGGUAUGUUUACUUUUGUAAUUUGUCACCGUUUAAGGUUUGUUUGAAUUUAUAAUCAAAAGGUAUUAAUAAAAGAAUAAAAAAUGACUUCCUUGUGACGUUUGAACUCAUUUGACUGACCAUCACAUGACUUCAAAAGAUGAAAAGGAAAAGUUGUUGAGUUUAAGAAUGGAAUUUUCCUCGUAGUCAACUUCGUGAAAUGGAAAUGUGGUUUCGUUUUUUAUGUAUAAAAGACUGACUGAUAAAGAGCUACGGUUACAUGUAGUAAAGUAAAAAAAUGAAUUAUCUUAGACUCAUUAUACAACUGCUUUAGGUAUUUUUGCACCAUCAAUUCCCUCACCUUCCAUUUCCUCGCAUUUUAAAUGUGCCUCCUCACUGUGUCCUCUUUAAUGACACUCUCAUGAUCAUUUAGUUACCACCUCAUAUCUGUUAACAUCUGUAAUUCUGCACUGUUCACGGUUUAUUUGAAUUUAUAAUCCAAAUUAAAUAGUCAAAUGAGUUGAAAAGAGGAACAUCUUUAUUCUUUUUGUGAAUCACAGUGAUUAUGGCAGUGUCAAACGAUUGAGGGAGAGUUUAAGUUGUUAACUUAAAUGAAUCAUCUCCAUCAGAAGGGUUGUGAGUAAGUCUUCUAAAUUCUCUCCUGGGGGUUUAAUUGAUUGUAGUGAGCCAGAGGCUGUUUUGAUUUGUCCUGGGUGAAGGGCACAUUUUUUUUUAGCUUUGGCAAUUCAAUGGUAGACACAAAUUCAGUCCUCGGACUCUGGUAUGGAUUCAUGUAAAACUGUUUGAACGUGUCGUUGAUUUCAUAAUAGUUUUGUUUGGUUCUUAAAAUGUUUUUCUCAACUUUAUGGGUACGUAAUGUGUUAUAUUUGUUAACCAAGCGUUGGUAAAGUUCUUAAGACUCAGAUUGUUGAAAGUCUUUUUGCACUUUCAUAAUAAUAUCUCCUUCCAGCUUGUUUGUCUCCGUCGUAUAUUUGAACAUUUGUUAUACCCUUUGUAUAAGAUAUUAUGUGCCCUCUUAGAUAAGCGUUUAGCUUGUCCCAUAAACUGAAACUGAAAGUAACAAAACUGGGGAGGGCCCGCAGUUUGUCUCACAAAAUAACUUUUAACACCCUCUUCUGAAAGAAUUCUUAUAAUAAUUAUUUCUAUUCUAGUUCUAAUUAAAUUAGAACUUCAACAGGGCGGAUAAAUCUACCGGGACAGAGUUUUAACCUUAGAUUGCUUCCAAGAGUCACGUAAGUGUUAAAGCUAAAAUGUCUGGUUCUGGUCCAGCUGUUGGUUCCGUCUGUCUGGUCCAUUCCUUUUCACCGGGGGAGUCAGGGUCUAUUUGAUCAACUUAACCACUGAAUCGACGUUCUCAAGGUGUUUUUAGCAGCCAGCAAGAAGCUCUAUCAGGAAUUUUACACUACCAAAACCUCAGAAGUACGGACCAAGAGAAAAGGAUGAUCAUAUUCUGUUUGCUUUUGGCAGCUUUUAGCAGCCCAGUGUUCACUGGAGAGUGGAAGGCAAAUGUUGUAAAAGAACUUGAGGUCCUGGUCACAUCUUGUGCUGUGAUACCCUGUACAUACACCCAUCCUAAAGAUCACACGCCAACCUCCAGACAAAGACGGAUCUGGCAUCGCGGAAGUAAUAAAGAGGAACGCAUCUAUGCCGAGGAUCAAACGCUGGUCUUGGAAAACUUUAAGGGCCGCACACAAAUGUUUGAAAAUCAGAAUGAGAACAACUGCACCUUAGAAAUGACUGGCAUCCAAGGUCAUGACAACGGCCCUUUCUGUUUCCGGAUUGAACUCGUACAAAAGGGGUCUGAUACACCCUCCACCGACAAAUUCUCCUUUGUAGAGAAUUGCGUCACGUUCAAGAUCCUGAACGAUCAAAAACCUAAACUGACUCAGCAACAGACAGCCAUUCAAGGAAAGCCCUACGUAAUCACCUGCUCAGUCACUCAUACCUGCCCUUCAAAAAUGCCUAAACUCACAUGGAAUAGGGUCACUACAGAUGAUGCGAUCACUGUAGUCCACAAAGACAAUCGUUUUGGCUACUGGGAGACGGAGUCCAUCCUGACGUUUAUUCCUGGUGAGAAGGACGACCACAGCGAGAUCUCCUGCACAGCGGAAUUUAAUGGAGGGAAAACAUCCCAAACCACGUUGAUGCUCUACGUGAAACGUACAGAAACCUACAACCACAUAAUCAUUCCAACGGUGGCGGUGAUUGGUACAGCUGCGAUCUUUGCAGUCAUCUGUACCGUAAUGGUGAAGAGAUAUCGGAAACGCAUUGACGAGCUGCAAAGUAGGGAUGGCAGCCUGUGGAACCGCAUGUCCAGGUUCUCUCAUAGGAUCCGUUCUCACGCGUCAGGACCAUCUCGUGCCGAUCCAAGACCAGCCAACCAGAAAGUCACCAAGGGCCGUUUCCCAUCCCCCAAAAGCCCGCCAAAAUCCUGCAAUUACCGUCAGGACGCUGAUGACGGGGAUGAUCACAUGAACGCUUUGGACAACAACGUCUAUGGAAACAUGUGAAACAACUCCCCAAAAUGAUGAAUCGUGCUUAAAAUGUUCAUUAGUAUAACAAGCAUCUGAUGCCUGCAACUAAGAUAUAACAAUGUUUUGGUAUACCCUGUAAUCAAACAAACUAUUUUUUAUUUUGUCUUUCAUUUCAUCAAUUAUUUAGGGAAUGUAAAAUUCACUAGUAAGUGUAACUUCAUUCAGUCUGAGUACUCAUUUGCUUGUUGAUUUUUCCAAUAAUGUUUCUAGUGAUGCUAAUUGAGCAAACCCUCAUGUUUCUGGUUCCAAUUCUUUUUUUAAAAGGAUGACUUGUUGUUUCCAAAAAAAUAAUAUGUUUAUUUACCCACAUUUCAAACAAUUCAUCAAAAAUAUUUUAAUUCCCUAGAGCGCAUACAAUCAUAGAGGCAUUGUGUAUUUGAUAUCUCAGAUAAUAACCCAACUGAAUAAGAGAAAUAUUUAAAUUUAAUUGAAUGUUGAAAUUUUUGACUGGAACUGUAUGAACCCCAUUUGUAUAGGGAUAUUAUUGUAUAUUUUUAUUGCCAACAUCCUUCAC